GGGAUACAAUCGAAAAAAAGUGAAGCGUAAAAACCAAACGGUACAUGGAAAAUUUAUUGUGCCUGUGUGCGUUAUUGUUUUUAUGAAAAAUAGGUUUUAAGCAAUUGCAAUUGGUGCGCGUCGCGUUGGAAGGCCAAAAAACAGCGAGUGGAAACCUUCGGGUGGCAUUAAUAGGCUGAAUCUGCGUGUUUUCCAGUGCGCGAGUGAGUGUGUGUGUGUGUUCCGUUCCGUCCUCUGCCAGACGGCACCUUAACACAACAACAACACCAAGCAGUUGAAGCAGCAGCAACAACACACGCACAAUAAUAAGGCCCGUGACGUUGUCGCUGCCGUCACCAUCAAAAGCAAAAGACCAAAACGAGCUAAAAAACAAAUAGUAGUGAAAGCAAAAGUCGCGUUCUUUUUCCAAAACUAGGUACCCCAUUUGCUUGUCAUUAGGGUUUUUGGAACAGCCUCAACACGAAUUAUCUACCAUUUUCCCUGGCCAGCGCCCCAGCGCAAGGAUCUAGGAUCCCGGAAUCGUCCAGCACCAUCAGCAGCGGCACCAGCGUCGACAUAAACCGCAGCGGCGGAGAAAACCUCAGCUGGAGGCAGCCAUCCUGGCUAGACAAGAGCCCCUUGGCCAAUACAAACCGAUCCGUAACCAUGUCGAUGCACAGCCCCUUCGAUGUGCCCAAACUGACCAAUGUGGACCUCUCGCUGACGAUCAAGGCGCAGCCGGUCAAGGAGGGCUGGCUAAUGAAGCGAGGCGAGCACAUCAAGACCUGGCGUCAACGCUACUUUGUGCUCCACUCGGACGGACGACUGACAGGCUACCGCAGCAAGCCGGCAGACAGUGCCAGCACGGCCUCGGAAGCCCUGCUCAACAACUUCACGGUGCGCGGCUGCCAGAUCAUGACCGUGGACCGCCCCAAGCCCUUCACCUUUAUCAUCCGCGGCCUGCAAUGGACCACGGUCAUCGAGCGGACAUUCGCCGUGGAUACGGAACUGGAGCGUCAGCAGUGGACGGAGGCCAUUCGCAAUGUGUCCAGCCGGCUCAUUGAUGUGGGCGAGGUGGCCAUGUCGCCAUCGGUUCAGACAGACAUGUCCGACGUGGACAUGGCCGGCAUUGCCGAGGUCGAGCUUUCCGAACAGUUCUCGGUGCAGGGCACCACCUGCAACAGCAGCGGCGUUAAGAAAGUGACUUUGGAGAAUUUUGAGUUCCUCAAGGUGCUCGGCAAGGGCACCUUCGGUAAGGUUAUCCUGUGCCGCGAGAAGGCUACCGCCAAGCUGUACGCGAUCAAAAUUCUCAAAAAGGAGGUCAUCAUACAGAAGGACGAGGUGGCCCACACCCUGACCGAGAGUCGUGUGCUCAAGUCCACAAAUCAUCCGUUCCUCAUUUCACUUAAAUAUUCGUUUCAAACCAACGACCGCCUGUGCUUCGUAAUGCAGUACGUGAACGGAGGCGAGCUUUUCUGGCAUUUGAGCCACGAACGCGUCUUCACCGAAGACCGCACCCGCUUCUACGGGGCAGAGAUCAUUUCGGCCCUCGGCUACCUGCACUCACAGGGCAUCAUCUACCGCGACUUGAAGCUGGAGAAUCUUUUGCUGGACAAAGAUGGCCACAUCAAGGUCGCCGAUUUCGGUCUGUGCAAGGAGGACAUCACCUUCGGCCGCACAACGAAAACCUUCUGCGGCACACCGGAGUAUUUGGCUCCGGAAGUAUUAGACGAUACUGACUACGGCCAGGCGGUGGACUGGUGGGGCACCGGUGUGGUUAUGUACGAGAUGAGCUGUGGUCGUCUUCCGUUUUACAAUCGUGAUCAUGAUGUGCUCUUUACAUUGAUUUUGAUGGAGGAGGUUAAGUUCCCACGCAAUAUCUCAGAUGAGGCGAAAAGUCUGCUAGCUGGUCUGCUGGCCAAGGAUCCCAAGAAGCGUUUGGGCGGCGGCAAAGAUGAUGUCCUGGAGAUACAAUCACAUCCCUUCUUUGCGAGUAUUAACUGGACAGAUCUGGUGCUGAAAAAGAUACCGCCGCCUUUCAAGCCUCAGGUCACGUCCGAUACGGAUACAAGGUACUUCGACAAGGAGUUCACGGGAGAGAGUGUGGAGCUAACGCCGCCGGACCCCACUGGGCCGCUUGGCUCCAUAGCCGAAGAACCGCUUUUCCCGCAGUUCAGCUACCAAGGAGACAUGGCCUCCACGUUGGGCACCUCGUCGCACAUUAGUACUUCCACAAGUCUCGCAUCGAUGCAAUAGAACAAGUUUACAAACUUUUACAAGCACACAUCAUGUUCUGCUUCAUCACCUAUUACUAUACUAUACCUAUAACAUAUAGAAAUGGGCAAAAGAAAACAAAAAGCAAGAAUAUAUUAAAUAAUAAUUAUACCAUGAUAACGAAGGCAAGCAAAGGGUUUUCUUGCUAGUUUAUAUAUACACCAAUAAUAAGAAAAUUCAAUUGAUAGUAACUUAUUUUUAUAACGAGAAAAGGGAACGUUGAACGAGAGGGCAGCAGCCGAAGCCGAGGAAAAUAAUUUACUACAUAUGAUUAUACACAUAUAUCUAAAUAUAACACUUGGGGCAUCGCGCGUCAAGUGAUUAGUUAAUUUUAAACGCAAGUUAAACAUUUAACCAAGCGGCUCAGGCGAUGCGUUUUAGUAGUAGGAUAUGGUCAUUCGUCCUAGGAAUGUUAAGGGAACGCAUCUCCAGGAGAGCUCGAGCUGAUUGAUUAUACAGAUUAUUCACGCGGACAGCACUCACACACAGACACUUAGCUUAUAGCAAACAUGAAGUUAAGUUAACUGAACAGCAACAAAUCGAAAUACACACUCAACCCCCGCCCCAAUAUGCAACACUUGUGUACAUUACAUUACAUUAUUUAUACUCCAAAGAAGCAAAAAAGAAACAGAAACAAUUACGAGUUAUAUAUAAUGUUAAAAAUGCCUCUAAUGUGCUGUGCUUUAUGCAAAACUACAACAACAGAAACAAACUAAUAGUUAAUAAACGACGGAAACUUACAUCAAUGCAGUUUAUAGGCGCCAAUAAUUAGCAAACAACUAAAAGAUAUAUUCAGACAAAAACAUAUUUCGAAACAAUAACAGCAAAAUAAUUACAAUUGACGCCAUUUUUUAUUAUAAUUUUUUACGAAAAAUAUAUUUGUACAUAUUUAUAAAAAAAAGCAAAAAAACAUUUUUAAAUGAAAACAAGUAAUAACAAGAAAUGAAGAGCUAGCUUCGGCAAGCCGAAGCUUUUAUACCCUUGCAGUUUAAACUGGAACUAGUUAUUUAAAAAAAAGUUAUGUCGAUUUCUUCAUUCAUUAUCUCGGUUUUUAUGGCAUCUAUGUGACGCAGACAUCGGAUUUUAACAAAAUACAUUUGUCUAUCUAUAUUACGAUUAGUAAAAAAUGCUAGGUCGAAAGCUAUUUGUAUGCGACAACGGAAUUAUUUCGACUUUCAUAUGAAUUUUCUAAAAAUGUCCGGUGGUUCCAGCAGCUAAGUUAGACGAGCUAUACGACAUUUGGUAAAUUUUCAGACGAGAAGACUGGUAUUUCUAAAUCGACUCAGAAGAUGGUGGUGUUUUCUUCACUGAGUUGCAAACUUCUGACUGAAGUUAUACUACCCCCUGCAAGGGUAUAAAGCAACACAAACAGAAACGAAAUGUGUCGGGCGGAAAAUGGAAAUCUCCGUUUCGAGGCCACAGAAAAGGUUAAACCUUUGACACAAAAAAAAAAUUUAACUUUGUCAUUUAGUUUUUGGCAUUGAAAAGUUCAUAACAAGUUUUGUAUACUUAAAGCAAGUCAGGCAAAAGAUAUAUGAAAUCAACCACAACAGACUUACAAAUAGUUCCACAAGGAAGAUUGAAAAAAAAAUUAUAUAACAGAAAAAAAAGAAUUUUUGAUAUUUUUAUAUGCGCAAUAAAAACAAAAAUUGAGAAAAAAAAUACGAAAAAGAAACAAAAUAGUUAUUUUAUAUUUCGAAAAGAAAGUAAAAAUAAAUUUUGUAAAUAAAAAUAAUAAAAUAAAAUCAAUUUCGGGUAUUUCAACUGAAAGCAAAGAAAUGAAAGCAUAAUCUCUCUUCUAAAUGUUAAACAAAACCUAUCAAUCGAACACAAUAAGCAGCAAAUUGAAAACGAAGCGAUAAUGAAACGAUAAAAUGCCAAAGAAGCGGCAGAGUUAGGUGGAACUCGAGGAGGACCGACAGUUAACAGCCAGUCGGUCUAGUUGGGUUAGAGUCUUGGACUUGUGGUGAUUCCAAAGCGCGACUUGGAACGAACUAACUAGCUGAAACAGCUCAAGCCGACGAGAGAUAUCAGAUAGCUCCGAAUUAACCAAUCACUUUAUCUUUGAACAGCUCGGAGGUCCUUGCUUUCUGCUCCCCAAGCUUGCGGCUGACAUCUAGGCUAGCCAAUAUCAAUCUCAGAUCGAUCAAGCAAUACAUAGACAAAAUAUAGAACACCCUAAGCAUGGCUUACUAGACAUACAACCCGAGAAACGACUUUAACUGAACGACUUCAACCCAAGAACCCUUUUGAUAGACUCGUUAGACAUAAAGUCAGCCCGAAUCAGGGGAACCAGCUAGAGAUCUAUAGCAAAGAUUUAGAAAAACUGUUAGAGAACUGGAGCAAAAUGAGUAUACUAGCCUCAGAGGAAAUCGUGAACAUCUCUAGUAUCCCAAAUCGAAGCAUUUUCCCCCCGCCGAAGGGGUUGGAAGAAAUCUAUGAAAGUAGUUUUAUAAGUUUACUGAUUUUUGUAAGACAAUUUUUGAUUUCAAUAUAUUAACACACUCUCACACGAACUGCAAACUACAAUGUGUUCUAAAGCAAAAUAAUAAAACAAAAUUGUUUAAAUGAUGACUAUAUAAAGAGAGAAACUGAGAGAGAUAUAUCCAGUCAGAUCGUAGAUCAAGUCGAGCAACUUGAGUUGUUUUUGUAUUGUAGAAAGAAAAACAUAAAGCCCGUUCCCAAAACCCAGAUCCAGAUCCAUACCCCAAAAUACUAACCGAAAAUUGAUUAGGUGUAAUUUUUGAUAGGCGAAACUGCGGAUUUCGCAAAGUUUUAAUUAUUAAUAACACUAAAUAUUGAUAAUAAUGACUAAGCUGAUUUAUAAAACGAUUCAAGAUCGAAUUAAAACAUGCAUAUACACCACUAUGUAUAUUUAAAGAGGACUAACAUCAACUGAGCAGCAACCAUGUAGAUAAUGUACGAUCUGCAUAAGUACUAUAAAGAUUACGAUUAAUUUAUACGCGCUUACGCAUACCAACAUGCAUACAUAAUGAGAAUAUAUAUAUACAGGAUAUAUUCGAUACAAGGUGUGUAUGUAUCUUAUACAUGCAUUCAAACCAAGUUUAUUAUACAGUGAAAACAUAAUAAUAAAACUACAUAAAACCAA